ACAAUCAUAAAACAAAAAAAUGUCAAAAAUAAAAUUCUUAAGAGAAGUCAAAGGAGUUAAGCCACUCUCUAAGGAAUUUGUACUUGGCCAUAAUGGGCUGGAAGGGAGGCCAAGUGGGAAGAAAGAGAGGUCUGCGAAGAAGAAAGGGAGGAAGAGAGUAGGGGAGAAUAGGGUGAAGGAAGUGAAGGAUUUUGAAGAGAGGAAUAAGAGAGCGGUAGGGGAGAUGAGGAGGCAAGUGGAAAGGGUGAAAGGAGAGGGGAUGGUGAAAGGAAAAGGGCUAGGAAGGGAAAUUGUGUUAGCAGACCCAACGGAUGGGUUUAAAUAGAAUGAUAGAGGAAGCUAAAGAUUCUUCAGAGAAUUAUUUGAGAAAUCCUUCGUUGGGGAAAAUUCUCUCAGAAUCUAGUUUUAAGCUGGAAUCUGAAUUGACCUCUACUAAAGAUUUAAGGUUUCAAAAACUUAUGAGUAUCCCAAGACAUACUAUUGGAGGGUAUUCUAACAUAACUCAUGGGAAAAGUGCAAAAAUUAUAGAGCGAAAAAGAUUAUUUAGCUCUGAUCCUAAACCUAAAGCUAUUAUAAAGUACAAUCCUCCACCAGCAAGGGAAUCUAAAGUCCGAAAAAUGAGUAAGAGAGACUAUGAAGCCUCUGAAAAGAUGAGGAGAGUUUUUGUUAAAUCUGAACUUCCAGAUUACCACAAGCUACCUGAUAAACAUCAAGUGAUAGAUCAAAUUAUUGAGAAGUCUAUUGAUCAAGAUGAAAAAGAGCCCUCGAACUAUACUGAUUCCCUUAAUUAUUUUAAGAAUUCUUUCAGGCGUCAAACUUCUGAGAUGACCUUAGGUGAAGGUAAAAGUUCCAGUCGUUCUAGAGCUGGGCUUAAAUUUUCAAAAUCAGAGCUUAAUGACAUAAGUAAAUCUUUCUUAAGAAAGAGUUAUUUCUCACCUCAAGAGCGUCUUCGCGAUAAAUCAAUUAGAAUUAACACAGAUUUUAAGAAACCGACCAAGGACCUAAAGCCAACAUCCAAGCUGUUCCAAAAUACUGAUUACAUCAAAAAGUGGAUGUCUGACCAGAUCGAACAAGUAGAGGACGCUGGUCAGCAUGAAAAGGUAGAACAUCUCCUCAGGUCAUAUAACAGAGCAUUUGAGGAGAUCACUGACAAAUUUGUUGCAAGAAAGAACAAAACAAACGCUGCAGCCUUAAAGAGAGUCUGGGAUAAUACUCUACAAACUUUAAUUAUCCAAAUGAAUGAGGCUAUAAAGGAACGUAAUAUGAAGCUUGAGUUACUAGAGCGUUACUUGAAGGAGGAAUAA